UCGCUGCAGGGGGGUUGGUACCUUGCAUUUGUCCCUGGGAAAUAGCUUAAGGGAAACGCAGGUGCGCCGGCGCUGUGUGAGCUGUUCGGGGGCUGCUACUACGCAAGAUCAAUAAAGGAGUGAUAGAGCACCAUGGCCGUCUCCUUAGGAGAAAGGGGUUUUGUUUCUGCACCUGCACCGCGUUAGGGACUCGAUACGGGGUUUGCGACUAGCGCCUUAGCCGAGGGAGGUUGUGGAGCAGAAGGGAUUUUCUCACUGGUGCAUGAGUGACAAGGCACAGCUGCCGUGCCUGGGGCCAGACCGGGAAGAAGUGCCAAGUUUUGACGCCUGUCACCCACGGAUUUGUAGCUGGAUCCUAGGCAGGCUUACUCGGAACUCAAAUCCGCGGUGUGCAGGGAUCAGGAAGGGCUUCCUUCCUCCCAGCCAGGUUAAACGUGCCAAAGAUGGCAGCCUGUGCUGCCGCCCGACUGCUACCCUCCGCUUCCUGAAUGGCCCUUAACUCCCUAGUAAGUGCAUUGGACACAUGCAGCCUUCCCAGGUUAGAGCAGAUCUCCGGGCCGAGCAGAUCUACCAGCAGCGGAGGGCCUCCUUCGCCUGGACUCCAUUUCCCGGCGCACUGUGCGGCGCAGCCAAGGGGGCGAGCCCUCCCGCGCCAUGCUUUCCGGGACCUGUAGUCCACCCUCCCGUAGGCGGGCCGGGUCCAAGGAGGCUGCCGGACUCGGUGUCCCGUCGUGCUCCUUGGCUCCAUUGUGGCCGAGCCCGCCUCCCAUUGGACAGCCAGGGAAACGGGGCCCGCUCCCCUCCCGCUGACACAAUAGUGAUUCCAAGAUGGCGGACGCGAAUGCAGCGAGCUUACCUGGGGGAGACUCGGCGCUGCCCCUGCCGCCGCCGCCGCCUCCCCCCCCGCCGCCUCCCCCGCCGGAGGAGCAGGAGCUGAGCCAACGCCUCCGCCGCCUCUACCCGGCCGUCAACCAAGCCGAGACGCCGCUGCCCCGCGCCUGGAGCCCCAAGGACAAGUACAACUACAUUGGCCUCUCCCAGGGCAACCUGCGUGUCCACUACAAAGGACAUGGGAAAAAUCACAAGGAUGCUGCUUCAGUCAGGGCUACCCACCCGAUCCCUGCAGCCUGUGGUAUUUAUUACUUUGAAGUGAAGAUAGUCAGUAAAGGCAGAGAUGGGUACAUGGGAAUAGGACUCUCAGCCCAAGGUGUCAACAUGAACAGACUUCCUGGUUGGGAUAAACAUUCCUACGGCUACCACGGUGACGAUGGACACUCCUUCUGCUCUUCAGGGACAGGCCAACCCUACGGCCCCACGUUCACGACUGGAGAUGUGAUUGGCUGCUGUGUAAACCUCAUCAACAGUACCUGCUUCUACACAAAGAAUGGGCACAGCUUAGGUAUAGCCUUUACAGACCUCCCUGCCAAUCUGUAUCCCACUGUGGGGCUUCAGACGCCCGGAGAGAUAGUGGACGCCAACUUUGGCCAGCAGCCGUUUGUGUUCGACAUAGAAGACUACAUGAGGGAGUGGCGAGCAAAGAUUCAGGGCACCAUUAAGCGGUUUCCCAUUGGUGAUCGGCUGGGUGAAUGGCAAGCCAUGCUGCAAAAUAUGGUCUCUUCUUAUCUGGUGCAUCAUGGAUACUGUGCCACAGCAACAGCAUUUGCCAGGGUGACAGAGAGCACAAUCCAAGAAGAACAGAUCUCCAUAAAGAACAGACAAAGAAUACAGAAGCUGGUCUUGGCAGGAAGGGUGGGAGAAGCCAUUGAAGCCACACAGCAACUAUACCCAGGACUCCUAGAGCACAAUCCUAACCUCCUGUUUAUGUUAAAGUGCCGGCAGUUUGUGGAGAUGGUGAAUGGGACAGACAGUGAAGUACGUUGUUUUAGCGCCCGCAGCCCCAAAUCCCAGGACAGCUACCCUGACUCCCCUAACCUAAGUCCCCGGCACGGCUCUAACAAUUUGCACAUUCACAGCACCGGAGCAGACAGCCCGAGCUGUAGCAAUGGAGUUGCCUCCAUAAAAAACAAACAGAGCCACAGUAAAUACCCAGCCCUCAGUUCAUCCUCAUCGUCCUCUUCCUCCUCCUCCCCUUCCUCAGUGAACUACUCGGAGUCCAACUCUACGGAUUCCACCAAGUCCCAACAGCACAGCAGCACCAGCAACCAAGAGACCAGUGACAGCGAGAUGGAGAUGGAGGCAGAGCAUUACCCCAAUGGCGUUCUGGAGAACUCCGCUACGAGAAUAAUGAACGGCACUUACAAGCAUGAAGAAAUCCUGCAGACGGAUGAUUCUAGCAUGGAAGAUGGCUGUCCACAGAGGCAGCUCUGUGGAGGGAACCAUGCUGCCACUGAGCGGAUGAUCCAGUUUGGGCGGGAGCUGCAGACCCUGAGCGAGCAGCUCUGCAGAGAGUAUGGGAAGAACACAACACACACAAAAAUGUUGCAGGAUGCAUUCAGCUUACUAGCCUAUUCUGAUCCGUGGAACUGUCCUGUUGGUCAGCAGCUGGAUCCGAUCCAGAGGGAACCCGUUUGUGCUGCACUUAAUAGCGCUAUAUUGGAGUCUCAGAACCUGCCAAAGCAGCCCCCACUGCUGCUCGCCCUGGGCCAGGCCUCGGAGUGCUUGCGGCUCAUGGCUCGCGUGGGCCUGGGCUCCUGCUCCUUUGCCAGAGUGGACGACUAUUUGCACUAGCCACCGAGCGAGCCAGAGUGACCCCCUCCAGUGCUGCCACCGUCGCCUCUCCCGGCCUCCCGUGCCCCACUGCCUCCUCCCCUCGGCCCCAGGCCGCCCACACGCUGCCCAGGGGAAGGACACGUUGCUGACAGAGGGAGUGUUCCUUGUUGCGCCUUCGUUCCUGGCCCUGGAAACUGCCGGCAGGGCCCCCAUCGUUGUCACCACCACCACCGCCUGCUCUGCCCUGCAGCCACCGCAGCACUCAGUAUUUCACUGGUCAUUCUGAUGUAGCGCCUUCCGACUUUAGGGUUUUAUCUUUUUUCCCCCCUCCCCUUUUCUGACUGAGCCACCAGUAUUUAUACCUGGAGAGUUUGUGCUGAGCUGGUUUCUACUAAUUUAGAGAUAAAAGUGUUUCUGAGUUGGUGAUGGCCUGUGUUUGUUUGCAUAAGGGAAUCUGCCUGCCGACAUGCACGCCACCUGCGCAGUAUUGUUCUUGAGUGAUAGUCCUCGACAAGCCAAGAGACUUUGUGGGGGGGGUGUGGUGGUUAUUGGAACCCAGUUGGCUCCAAAAGACUGCCCGCUGCUCCAACAGAAGGGUUCAUUUUUAUUUCUUCCUCCUCGUGCGAGGUCAGGCCGAGAGGGCUUUGUUUGACAGGUGAUCACCCUGGAGUCCAUUCUGGGGGAGGCUGAGAAUGGGAACAGAUCGCCGCUCAGCACAGCAUUCUGGCUCUUUAGACCAACGUGUUGUGUUCUCCUCCACCCCACCCCUGAAGCUCUGGGAAAGAUGCUGUAACUGAGCCUACCCCAAACAGUCCAAGCAGGAGGAGUCUCUUGACUGACUGCAUCAGGCAGACCCGAAAGCAAGAGAGACCAGGCCCAAUGCCCUUUUGAUCUGGAAACUUCCCGUUUCCGGUCAAACCUGGCUGACAGCAAUGGAUGUGGUGACAAAUGGACAUUUGCUUGGUGACAAUGCCUGGAAAAUAGAGGUUGCCUCAUAGAGAUGUGGGAGCAUCUCCUCUCCCCUCCAGUUGCAUCAUUGUCCUGCCACUCCAGUGGUGACUUCCAAAUGAGCAUGGGAAGUGAGGGCUCCCUACAGUCACAUCCUCUGUGUCGUUUGGGUCAUGGCUGACAGGCAGGUCUACUGUUUGAGCUUCAGUGAAUACCUGUGGUCCUGCAGAUCCUGGGUUUUACACUGAACUCUUAUAUUUGAAUUUUGUAUCGCAGUCUCGUUUCUCCCCCCCUCCCCCAACUAAUCAACAGUUAAAUUAUGAAAUUGAGGGCAUAAGCCAAUACUUAGUUUUGUUUUUAUUUAAAUUGUGCAGUUUCUACCCCAGGGAAUAGCCAGAGUUGGUGCUUGUUGGAACAGAAGAUUCUGAGCAAGUGUCCUGCAGAGGUUCUUCACAAAGCACUGCUGAGCGUUGCAGGUGGAAAAUCUGCACCUCAGCUUAACUCGUAUGUGGGCCUCAUGGUGGUCACCAAUAGGGAUGUGCUCAAAAUGCAAUUUGGCACCCAAAUAGUGGGCACAUCCCUUUAAAACCGAGGGCUUACACAGCCUCUUUAACACGGAGGGGAGCAGGUCCAUCUCUCCUUCUCCUUCGAUCUCCGCCAUUGCCAUAACCCUGGUGCGCGCGACCCACCCCCGCCCCCAGCAAUGCCCAUGUGCUGGCAGGGCAUCUCCCAGCUGCCCCUGUGUGAGGCCACACAUGCAUGCUGGCAUUGUGCAAGGGCAGCUGGGAGACGUCCCGCUGGCGCACGGUCAUAGCUGGGGUGAACACUUGGAUUACGACAGAGGCGACAGUCGGAGGAGGCACAGGUAUGGACCUGCUCUCCAUGUUAAAGAGGCCGUGUAAGCCCUCUGUUUUAAAGGGUCGUGCCCACUAUUUGGAUGCCGAAUCACGUUUUGGGCACAUCCCUAGUCAUCAGGAGAGGCAUGUACACUACUGAUAUUUUUGUUGGGGAAUAUAAAUAGUGAAUCUGCAGCCUGCUGACAUCUUGUCUAGCUUCUAAAAUAUGUUUCUAAUGGGUGGGGGGAAACAUAACAUUUCUCAUAAGCGUUAUGAGAAGCAUUUAGUUAAAGUGGCCUUUCAGUAUCCCAGAGAUUUGCAUAAGGCUCUUGAUGCUCAGUCAGGUAAGGGGUGUUUCCGCCAAGGAGGCAGAGAACAAGAGGCAGAGAACAAAGGUGAUGGAAGGGAGUCUCUUUUUUCUUGUUCUUUUUGCUUGAGACCAGCAGGCCCUAUGGGAGACCACACCAGGAAAAAAGGGUGCAGUGCAUUGGGAACAUUUCCAGUGCAAGCGCCACUGGCAGGAAGGGGAGUUACGGAGGUGUUGGGAAUGCUUCUGCACAAUCUCUGUGCAUUCCGUUGAGGUAGUGAAGGAGAAGCACCUCAUGGGUUUUUGGUAGCAGCCUGAGGAAAGAGCAUCUCUACUGAAGCCCACGUCGAGGUGCUCUUACGCAUGGCAGCCAACAAGUGGGUGGGAGUGGAGAGCAGCUGUUCCAUCCUUCCCAAGGUGGGCUCGACAAGCCAUAUCAUAAUCCACCACUUGCAAAUCAAAAAGGUGACUGUGCAAAACGAAACUCAGAACAAUUCAAUUUCAUUCAUAUUCUUCUUUGUUGACUGAUUCAUCGCAUUGCCUAACUGGACCAUGGCUGCUUUGUUGUGUGAUUAAAUCCCAGCAAAAUACCUUCAGGUGCAUUCACUGGAGGGAAACAGGUUCUUCUUCUUCUUCUUCUUCAUCUCCCGUGCCAGCAGCUGUUGGCCGGGCCAUGCCAGCUGUGUUAGCACUUCUGUCCUGCCUCUGUCGCCCAAAGGGCUCCCAAGGCAGAUGUCAAGUUUACAACAAUAAAUUUUAUUUAUUGCAAUCUUAUUUAAAAACUGCAGAUGGAUGAAAACCCACCCCUAGCUGCUUCUUUGGUGGUGCCUCUUCAGUGGCAAAUGCCUAUGUAAGUCAUGUCUUCAUGCCGUGCCUAAUCACAUGCCCUGUACCAACUGUGUUGCAAUAUGUCCUUUGGCUGCUGUUGCUGUCUGCAGAGCUUCAUGUUCACCAACUUCAUUUUUAAUUUUCUCCCACUUGGAGUGAGUCUCCAGCAAGCAGUCUCCUCCCUGCCUUGGCACAGGCCUCCUUCCCCCACCCACCUCACUUGCCCUAUUAUCCCCUUCAGAGUUACUUUGAAGGCCUUGUUUGCGUUGUGGCUAGCUCCUUCUCUUGCAAAGCUGUGGCUUUGUCAUCAUCAGUCAUUGGGUUGAUGGCCUCACAUUCGCCUUGAUGGCUUUUUGCAUUUUGCUUUCUCAGGUCACCAACAAGUCUACCUGCUUUUUUUGUAGUCGUAAUUUGGUGUCAUCAAAUAAUUUUUGCUCCGAAAGCACAAGGUCUGUCCCGUGUUUUUCAUCUAAGACAAUCUGAUUGCUUUGGUCAUGCUUGAACAUUUGAUCUCAUUGUCCUGCAGAUAUUAUUCUUGUCACAUGUUAGGAAAGCAGUGCCAGCCAGCCAGUUCAGACUGACUAAUGACCCAGAGUUUCCUUCUUGCAAUACAACUGAUGUUUAAGCUCAGCCGGAAACUCAUGGACUAGGUAUCCAAGGUGCAGCUGUUUUGUAUCAGUUAAUAGCAAUUGUUUUUUAAUAAAUAGGCUGCAGUACACUUUUAUCUAGAGGGAAAACUAAUAUCAUCAAACCUUAAAGCACUUUUGAAACAAAAUCCUCUUAGAUUUUUUUAAUACCAUGCUACCAUCGGUGGACUUGUCCAUAGCUCCAAAAACAAAACCCCACUUUGGAUGUGAAUACCCAAUAUAUUUACUUCAAAGGUAUCCAGAGCCAUGGUGAUCAAAAGCAGCAGGGAAUAUUUUUAUAGGUAGUAAUUAUGUCUGAAGUAUAAGAGGAAAACAACUGGGUUUGAAACAUUCUCCUCCUCCUGAACACUUGCCAGAUAGAUGAGCCUAGAGCAGGAGUCCCUACUUAUGGUACCUGUAGAACUUGUAUGAGGAAAUCUCGGCAUCUCCAGAGGCCGGAAGUGCCACUCUGUUAUGCUCUCAACCUGAUCGUGGAACAACCUAUAUUAUGCUCUAUAGCUGGCUUAAAGCUAUCUCUCGGAUGCUUCAUGAAGGAAUGAUCCCACAUCCGUUGAAAACUAGCACUUAUCUCUCUACCACAGAAGCCCUCUUUAAAGAGUGUCAUAUAAAUAAUAACCCCAAUAAAGGAUGCUUGUGUGUUUAAUGCAGAGGACAGGCCCAUUACCUCUUAGAUGCAGAUUGGCAAAUAGACAAGUUGGUUGGUAGUCUGGACAAAGCUUUCUUCUUGGUCCUGGCUGCUAUAGAUUCAUUCUGCUUCCCUUUCCUCUUCCACAAAAGCAGAGUUCUCAACUGUUAGAUUGGUAUCUGUUGGCUGACCUCCCCGUCUUGCACAAUAAGACCGAGUCUACCUGGACACCAUCUUUGUUCUUUAGCCUUUGGGACAUGGCAGUUCGUCAAGGUAACUGGUUUGUGGUGCUUCCUGAGAUUAAUGACCUAAUGGGGAUUAUUAACUGUUUAAUCACAAACGGGAGCAUGCCUUGUAUCAUCACCACCCAUCCAUGCACCAGGCACAGUGUUUUCAUUUGUCUUCCAUAUAUACUUUGCAGCCAACUCCAAGAGGACAUAUUGCAAAUUAGUCAACUGUUUAAUGCUGGAGUCACCAAUGGGUGGUCCCCAGGGCCAUUUUGAGACAUGUGGUGGGUGCCACCUGACCCCCAGAGGGCUGUUUGUUGUUGUUGUUUUUUUAGGAGAAGGGAGUAGCAGGUGGGCACUGGGACCUUGCUGUCCCCUACUUCAAGUUCAGUCAAAACUAGCAACUGACCAGGAUUCUAAUUCAACCAGUUGGCAUUUGUGUGAUGGGUGCGCAUGGCUUGAGGGGGAAGCAAGAUGACUCAGAAGUGUAUUGGAAAUAAGAUACUGAGAUUUACUACCAAGUGGAAUUAUUUAAAGUUUAAAUAUUUGGGAUUGAGUACUCUUUUUAGUUUGACUUUUUAAACUUUUGAGUGUGCUUGUCUUGAAUCUGCUGACAGCAGCGUGCGUGCGAGGUGGCUGGCAGGACAUGACUGGAUUGCAUCUUGGAACUCUCUGCAAUGAGCUAGUACUAAAAAGGAAAUAACCCAAUGAAGUACACGUCAUUUUUAAUCUUAUUUAUCCCCCUCCCUCCUCUUCUGGUUGCUCAAAACUCAGGUACCAGCUCUAGUGUGGAAUGUCAGGACACUUCGGUUUCAUUUUAUUUUUUUAUAGUAUCAACUGUACAAAGCAAAAAACAACACACAAAACCAACCCGACCACCAAAUAAAUAGUCUGAGCAGAACCCUCAGCUCCACAAGACUUCCGUCAUCACUUAGAGUUCUUUCUCUUCGUGGAGGACGUCGACUAGAUGGGCCUCAUCCUGCCAAGCUGUGCACCUUGGUUCAGUCUCUGCUUAGUAUUUGUGAGUUCAGUUAUCCAACGCUAGCAUGAAACCUUCCAAGAGGAGGAAAUUUUAACUGAAGAAAAAUUAUUGAAAAAAUGUACUGGAAAUAUGGUAAAGAAACCCACAUUCUGUUGUAUUUUGACAGAAUUAUUUUUAUUAAAAUAUACAUCCAUGUGCAAA